AUGGACAUCGAGGAAGCUAUGCAGGCUGCUCUUGUUUUUGCUGUGAAAACUGCAGAAGGGAAGAGCUUUGAGGAUUUUGUUACAGAGUUGAAGUUCAAGACAUCACAGAGCCCUUUCAACAGCUCGCACUACAAUGCAAGUGCAAAAACUUGGGCUUAUCUUGUAAGUAUAAAUAUUAUGCUAUAGCUCUAUUUUAUGAAAGUGAACACGAUCCUUGCCAUUGAAUGAACAACCUAAGUGGUUGAAAAAGAACAUAAAAAAAAAACUCAUGCUUUACCGGGAAUCAAACGGCCUGACCUUUGCAAUGACUGGAAGCUAUGGUCUGUCCAUUAAGCUAAUCAAGCCAAUAGGAGAGCAGGCUAUUGUGAGUUUGUAAUAUACCCGAUGAUGUUCUUUAAUGACACAUUAUUUCUUUUAGUCUUUGUUGUGCUUUACAACAGAAGGAGUAUAUUUUAUUUCAGUAAACUGUAAUACAGAGUUUUGGAGUCUGUCUUCACUGUCUGGUUACAUAGAGGCCCAAGCAUUUGCAGUUUAAGACUUUUUGUUUUUCUUUGAACUGGGAUUCAAUUUUAUUGUUCUGGACUUUAGCUCAUGACUUCUUAGUAAAAGUGUUUGGCAAAAUUUUCACAGGGAAAGUAAGUUAAUGACUCUAAAUAUGCCACUAGGGCCGAUCAUAUUGUCAGUUAUACAGUGUGUAUUAUACUUUCACAGCAUAAGAAUUUGGCGUGCCAUUUCACGGUUUGAUUUAGCUAUUGUAUUUAGUCUGCAUGACAUUUGGAUUCAUUAUUUACAUGCAUUACUUAAUACAUGUUAUGUUGCAGCCUCCAAUAUAUGGAGCCUACUUGUACGAUGCUGUUUAUCAGUUUGCUGUAGCCUCGAAUAACUCCAUUGCACAACUACCUCCUGCAGAACAAAAUAGGACUCCUUCAGGGCAGGAGAUUUUUUCACAACUUCGUGAUUACACUUAUGAAGGUGAGUGCUGAUGUAGUGUAUUCAUUCAUUCAUUCAUUCAUUCAUUUAUUUUGCCAUUAACCAGAAAUACAACAACAGUAUACAGAAAUACAUGAAAGAUAAUAUACAAUAUUCCAAUUAAGUUAUUUACAAGAUUAAAUGUGGUAAAGGCAAGGAAGCCUAUAUAUAAGCCGGGGGCUUAUAAACUAUAGGCUUCCUGGAACUACAGGGUGAACCAUACAAGUUAAGGGUACUGAAUGAAAAUUUGGAUUCAUUUUUUAAAGAAAAAAAAAGAGAGAAGAGAAAAAAGAAAAGAAAAGGUGUGUAGCUAAAUUGGGGCUAAUGUUAGUAAAAUAUUUGCAAAAGAAAUUAGCUAUUUCCUUUGGAUUGAGAAUUUCUCGAGAAUCUGCCCUAAAUAUAGAUGGCAAACCACGCUUUCCUUUAUUUCUAUUAAGGAUUUCAUUUAGAACUUUCCAAGUAGCCUUCACAUUUGAUUUUAGUUUUUCAAUUUGUUUUUCAUAAUGUAAACGCUUAGCAACUCGAAGAGAAUGAGUAAGUUCGUUUUUGUACGACUUAUAUGCUUUUCAUUGGAAGAGUUAGGGUUAUUAAGGAAUGACUGAUAUAACAUAUUUUUCUUCCAUAUGGAUUUAGCAAGACCUUUAGUAAACCAAGGCUUACAAAGAUUGAACCGUUUCGCUUUCAUUUUUCUGAGUGGAAAACAUUUAUCGUAAAUUGUAGCAUACUUUCCGACAAAGAGUUCAUAAGCGCAAGAACGAUCAUUUAAACCAGACAUUUCAGCCCAGUUUAUCUUACCUAACUCAUCUUUAAAUGCACUUAGAUUAUGCGCAUUUUAUCUGUAAAGGCUAUUAUGCGUAUUUUAUCUGUAAAGGGUUCGUACGGGGUUCGUACAGGUCAUGGAAAACCUGGAAAGUCAUGAAAUUUACAAAUUUCAUUUUCCAGUCCUGGAAAGUCUUGGAAAAUCAAAGUUAUAUUCGGUAAAUUAGUUACUGCAGAUGUCAAAGCAACAACAAAGUAAAACAGACAAGUAUUUGCAAUUUUUUCACCAGUUUUCACUAAUUCGCUGCAGGUAUUCAGGGCUAUACAACCGACCUGGAUGACAAUGGUGAUGCUGAUUUUAACCUGACUUUAUGGGAUAUAAGAAACAUUCUAGGCAAAGCAUGUAAGUUGAACCUGGAAACCAAUCGUUUCGAUUCAAGUCGUUUUGAUAUGAACUCAAGCCGUGAAAUUGUAGAAAAAAUUUCUUUCACUUGGAAUAUAGUUUACGCGUGAACAAGAAAAACAUUUUGGGUGGAUAUUCUUUGUUGUUAAGUCAAGUACGUUGAACUAUUUACACCUCAGCUGAGUAAACCUGUUUCGAAAACGUGUUUGUAUCAAAACGACCGGUAAAUAUUGAACCCUAUAAUUUUGUAGGCGACUGAAAGCGGCAUUCUCUUUCUUCACCAAGGUGACACAGAAAGCCAAAGAAAUCUACAGCCAAAAGUUAUCUUUCAAAUUGGCACUCUCAGUCACCACGCAAUCAACAAACGCUUUUCGUUCAGCUAAUUUAUUCUUGGGAGCAACUACAGAAUACAGGGCCAUAUCUUAAGGUCUUAAACAGAAGUGUGUCGGUGGCUAGCUAGUCAGCGUCAGACAGUAGACAAUCAAACAGAGCUACAACCGACAGUCAGUUAUGGGAGGAAGUUUAACUAAACUUUACCCUUGUCCAAGGAAAUCCUCUCUGCAGGGUAGUUUUCAACAUAAAAAUUCUCUGGACUGAUCUCCAUAUUGCUUGAUGAAUUAAUUGAGAGAAUAUGACAAACGAUCAAAGAAAAUCCCCUUAGUGAUCAAUUAUUAGAACCAGGAAUAAUACGUUUUCCCAUAACAGGGCUGGCUUAUCCUUAAAAUCAGAAGUCUCAAGGCGGUUUACAAUUCGUAAUUUGUCGGGUAAAUUUUUAGCCGGCUUACAAAUCUUGCAUCAUUUCUCAAUCUAGACGUCGAAAACUAAAAGCAAUCAUGGGCUGCUCAGACCUGCGUUUUGCCGCGCCUUGUGUGUGAUUUGGUUGGUCCAUUUGAAGUCAGCUCCCAUUGUGAUUUGUCAGAGUAAAUUCUUUUAUUUUUGUUCACUGCUCUUAAAAACGUCUCCGGUAAGAAUGCAGCGAUGCAUAAGCAAAUUGGAGCCAACAGUUUGUUCUUUGAUAGAGAUACGCUGGUGAAUUUUGAGCCUGGUGAAUACAUGAGAAAGGUGGUUUUUUAAUCAAUCACACUCCUGUUAGGAGUACUGGGAUUUUUUCGUCCGAACCGCCUGUGUCACGGAUUGAAAAACCAUCUUUAUCAGUUGGUUCUUUGUGCCAUAGUUUUUUGUUUCUCCUUCCUUUAGUAAUGGUUCCAGUUGCAGACUUCCAAAGCACUUAUGGAAAUUCCUCUGGUAAUGGUUCCAAGAAAGUUUUUCCUCUGCUUGUGUUUCGCAACAAUGUGACCAAGAUUUGGGUUGGUGGGAGUACAAUUCCGCCCAAAGACCGUCCAAGAUGUGGUUUCAAUAAUGAAUUAUGUCCUCCUCCAACAGAGAAGCAGAAAGGUUAG